AUGACACACAGAAAUUUUCACAUUGCUUCCUCAUCAGAAUACCCCAACACCAGUGAGACGAUACAACGAACCAAUUUUUACGAUAAACCAGUGUGUGAGUUUCCGUGUGGAUUCAGUGGAUUAAAUAGGAGCGGUCGGAUUUUCGGGAUAUUCCGGAGAAGGCAGUGGACUUCUCUGAAUUUGAGAUUAGAUGUGUUUGGUGUCUCGCUGUCGUCUAAUUUUUAG